GUAAACAAGCUGGGCUUCAAUGGGGGACUUUUCUGUAAGCAAUAAAUACGACGGAAUAAGGUUAGUAGCUGCGGUGUAUUCAACAAGAGUCUUUGUUAGCACUGUCAGUUCACAAAAUUAUUCGGAAGCCCCUUACAGUUCAUGUUGAAACUUGUCUAAUGUUAUGAAGUUUGUGUAGCUUCAUUUAUUAUUAGUUUGAAUUCGUGUUAAGUGCUUUUUCAAAAUGGAUUUGCAAAGCAACUUCAGUUCAUUGAGUAUCGUCGCCUGCUCUAGUAAUUCUACCGCAUCUUAUCAAAUCGGUGAUUUCUACAGAACAGUGAUGGAUCAAUUGAAUUCAAUAGAUUUUCUGAACAAUGUUAUUCCGACUACGGAUUACAAUCCUAUGUUGUGGUCGCUGAUAGGCUCAGUUAUUGUUGGACUUAGUGGAGUAUUCCCUCUUCUUGUUAUUCCUAUUGAGGAGGGUGCCAAUCUAAACAAAGGAGCCAGUGGAAGAACGUUGAAGGUGCUGCUGAGUUUUGCCGUGGGAGGUCUACUGGGCGAUGUAUUUCUGCAUCUGCUGCCAGAGGCAUGGAAUCAACAGUUCAAGUCAUCAGAGUCGUCGAUGUUCUGUGGCCUGUGGGUGUUGGCAGGCCUGCUCGUCUUCAUCAUUGCAGAAAAGGCGUUCGCAUUUCCACAUGACGAAGAAGAGGAGGAAGGAGAAGAGCAGAAGGAAAUGAAGAAGGAGAAGAGCGGUGAAGAGAAGAAACUGCUUCUCAACAACAAUACUGAUGACUUUUCUGCUGAGAAGAAGGAGAAGAGGAACGGGUUUGCAGCUGGAAUGGGUAGCAGUUUUGAAGUAGAAGAUUUGUAUAAACAGCAGACGUCUUCUCAACAGCCGGCAGUUGUUGUUGAGAAGAAAAUUACUAGUAAACAGAUGUCUGGCUAUCUGAACCUGGUUGCCAACUCUAUCGACAACUUUGCUCAUGGCCUGGCCGUGGGAGGCAGCUUUGUAUUGGGAGCUCGCAUCGGACUGUUGUCAACACUCGCCAUUGUUGUGCACGAGGUGCCACACGAGGUGGGUGACUUUGCGAUUCUGUUGCGCGCCGGCUUCACGCGGUGGCAGGCGACCAAGGCGCAGAUGUUGACGGCCAGUGCCGGCAUGCUGGGCGCCUAUGUGGCCGUCGCCUGCAGUGGCGUCACUCACUCCAUCGAAGCGCGCACCUCUUGGAUCCUGCCGUUCACGGCGGGUGGCUUCCUGCACAUAGCGCUAGUCACCACUCUGCCCGAGCUGCUUCAAGAGCAGGACUGGCGCGAGUCCAUCAAGCAGAUGCUCUCGCUCAUCACUGGUAUACUCAUCAUGGCCGUGCUCACUGCGCUCGUCGAGUGAACCUAAUGUAAAUAUUGGCCCAACCUAGCUGAACGUGUGGAUACCAACACUUUGAACCCAACCUAGCUGAAAGUGUGGAUAUUAACACUUUGAACCUGUGAAAGUGUGGAUACCAACACUUUGAACCCAACCUAGCCGAAAGUGUGGAUAUUAACACUUUGAACCCAACCUAGCUGUGAAAGUGUGGAUAUCAACACUUUGAACCUAACCUAGCUGAAAGUGUGGAUAUCAACACUUUGAACCUAACCCAAUCAACACUAUGUAAAUAUUGUCCCAAUCUAACUGAAAUGUGCAGCCCACGACUCUUAUUGAGCGAACCUAACCUAAUCAACUGUGUCUGACUUCAAAACCAACCUAGUUGAAAGAGUGGAUAUAAACACUUUUGAAUCUAACCCUACCAACAGUGUAAAUAUGACAUGUAAAUAUAUCAAUGCAUGGUGCUGCUACAAUCAUCAAAAAUAGUUGUUGUCAUCUGAAAUAGUGUUUAUUAUUUCAUUAUCAUCAUUUUAUAAUUCUAUAGCCUGUUUCAAAAUUUCAAUUCAGAACUGAAUCGCUGAUGAAUUCACUCAUCAAAAAUGAUUGUACAAAUCAUUAUUAUAUUUUCAUACUUUCAUAUUUUUCAGAACUUGAGAAUGGUUACGAGGAAUAUCUGUUGAAUUAGUUGAUUCUCUUAAUAAAGGAAAUUGAGCACAAUCCUUUUGUAAGGUAAUGAAUGAGUUGAUACUGUUUAUGAACGAAGUUAAGCACAAUCUUUUUGUAAGGUAAUAUUCUCAAUUGAGUACCAUUUAUCUAUUAAUUAAAAAAAUGUAUCCUAAAAUUGAAAUAAAAAAUAUGAUAAUUUAAUAAUUAUUCUAUCUAUAGAUUGGAGAUUUGCCGUCUUUGUAAUAUUGUUCAAAUUGAUUCAAAUGUAAGACAGACUACUUAGUAGUAUGUUAGUCUGUCUUCUAACUUCGGUAUAAACGAGCAUGUCAAUUUUGUUGUAGAAUAGAUGUUUUGAACAUCAUUUCAAACAAUGAAUUCAUUUUUGUUGAGGAAAAAUUCAUAUUAUUUUAGUUGUUUUUUUCAUGUAGUAAUUUCACAACCCAGUUGUGUAGAAACUUGAAUUUAAUGGGCUUUUUACAGCAAAUUAUGUAUUUCAAAUACAUCGAUGUUUAUCAUUUAGUUAUUUUUUUAGUACCUACCGUUUACAUUAUGUUGAGAAAUUAAAGAUAUGUAUUUUAAUGUACUGAAAUUAUAAUAUUAUAAUGUUUCAUUUUUUUCUUUAAAAUUCUAAUAUACCGUAGUUGCCAUUUUUCUAGUUUUUAACAAUUUUGCUGUGUAAAAUGAAAUUUCAACAAAAUUGGAUCAUUUCAAUCUUGCUAAAGUCUGUAAUAUUAUUGUUUACAAUCAAAAACUAGUUUUUUUAAAAAGGAAUGUUUAACGCUUAGUUUGUUAUCAAUGCAUAUAACUGAUUGAUGUGUUUGCUACCUUAAUGGAAUUGUCAAAAAUUGUUUAUGUAUUUUGUAAUAGUAAUUCAACUUUCUAAGAAAUAAUUACAAGCUCUAUAAGAUUAUUUUAUUUACUUAUUAUAUUAUACAUUAUGCAUUAUAAAAUACAUCAUGAAAUGUGCAACUAUACACUGGUACUGUACCAACAUAAUUUAACCGCCAGCGUUUUCUAUUGAAUUCGGUUCUUUAUUAGAAAAGGUCUUUAUUGAGUAUAAUCUGUUAUUGUGAUUGUCAAGUUGAACAACUUGAGAUGACUAAAGUUUAAACUGGAUUGUCUUGCAAUUAAGGGUCAUAUGUUAACUCUACGUCAAACGCUAAACCACCUUUACUUGUUGAUAUGGUUGCAUUAUCACAAUGUGUUUCAUAUGGGGUGCAACUAUUGACAUUGGACAUUGGUGCAACUAUUGAUAUUGACUAUGGACAUUUCUCCGUUUAAACCGAGUAUCUGCAUUCGGGUCUUAAGCCUUUAAGCACUAAGGCCCGCGCAAAGUAGACCCAUGCUAAUCCACGAAAAGCAACCCACGCCGUGGGAAUUCAUGUAAACCAUUGCUAGGCUUUUCCAAACAUCUGUAUAAUACAUGCAAUGAAUAAUCCACUUGUCAGCUGAUUGAUUAUGAAUAAUAUUCUAUAGCAAUGGUUUACAAAACAUCCACGGCGUGGGCUGCUUUUCGUGGAUUAGCAUGGGGGUCUACUUUGCGGCGGGCCUUAGUGCUUCCUUCAAAUAGUUGUCCCUCAUUUAUCAAGUUUGAGAACUAAUUAUUACUUGAGAUUCAAAUUUCUCUCAUUUGUGAAAAAUUUUACUUUUUCCUAUAAAGUUUGAAACAAUCUAUGAUUGCAUGAAAUGAUGAAUGAUGUUCAGUUUAGUUUUAAUUACGUAGAUUAUUGUCACAUUUAGUGGUUUAUCAUUAUUGAUUGGAAUAGAGGAGUGUUGGGAUGUAUGAAAUCUGUAACCUUUGUCACAAAUAGAACUGAGAUUAACUGUAGUUGGAAUCGUUUAAAGAAUGUUGAGAAUUUGUAUAAUGAGUUGCCAUGUAUCGUUGUGUAAUCAACACCUUUUCAAUGUGUUACUUUAAAAAUAUUAUUGAUAUUAUUUUGUAGUUAUGUUCAUUUCUAGCUCUAUUAAUUGUCCAGAAAGAAGAUAUUAGAUGCUUUAAACUGUGUCUUCCAAUUGGCACCUUAUUAUUCUAUAAAAUCAUAUUAUUCUAUUAUAAGUUAAUGUUGUAAAUAAUAUUGUUUAUUAAUUCAUCGCCAUUUCCAUAUAGGUUCCAGGAUUAUUAUCCUAAUUACGAGUUUGUAUUUGAUUUUCGACUAGUAGACUGGUUGACUGUAUUAUCUAGUUGAUAAGAUGGAUACUGUAUUCUGUGAUAUUUGGAUCAAAUUGUAUUUUUGAUUCUGAUUAAAUGCGAUAAACGCUUUGAAAUUUGUCAA